AUGGGAAAAGGGUCUAGCAAACUGCCCAAGAAAUCAAAAGACAAAGCUUCCCGCAAAUCGGUUAGUCAAACUAAUGCGGGGACUUGGAGAACUAGCAGCACUGCAGAGAGAGCCGACGACAUCUUCGCGAGCUACGGGAAGGACGAGAACCCGACAGAAGCAGCUAAGACCAAAAGAGCACAAAAGAAUCUUGAAGCUAUGAUGCAGAAUGUAGAGGCAGAGCAGCAAAGAGAUGCUAGGAUGGGCCCUCACAACAAGCCAGAGUCCAGCAAGCAAGCUGAGGUUCGUCAGCCUAGUAAGGGCCAUGAUUUCCACACUCCAUGUGCACGAAGUAACAGAUUCAUAGGAUCUUCCAAGAAGUGGGAGCGUCGAAAAGAGACGCGUGAGAGUAUGUCCACCUUGGACGAAGAGCAAGAGGAAUGA